UUUAAACAAAAUGAAAUCACUUUUACAAUUUACUUUACAAUACCUAUUUUUUAUGACUAAUAAAACUAAUUGUACUCACUUGUUGAUAUCACUCGCUUUAAUUAUAUUUAGAAUUUUUAAUUGUUUUCUUUUUUUUUUCAACAUUUUACUAAAAACAAAAUGAAAUUUUAUAUUGUUCAAAAGUGUGACGUUUAGAGAAGUGUUCAAAAGUCAGCUGUUUGUGUUAUUUUUGUUUUUAUAUUCAUUCUUUUUCGUUUGAUGUUCUCCCUUUAAUACUGCGUACGUAAUAUAAACUCUGUGAAAGAUGUUUGUCUGGCUAGAUGUCGGCAAAUGUUUAUUUUAAUCACGUUUUCUCACAAUAUUAAGAAAAUAAAAUAACAAAUCUAAAGAAACGUUAAAAAUGACGUAAUAUUGUGUAGUUUUUGUUUUGAUUAUUCUAUUCUAUUGUUUUUGUAUAUAAAAUUCGCUUCUUGCACAUUACAAAUGUGCAUGUGUUCCGAUUACUUUUGUUUUUAUAUUAUUUUCUUUGUUUUUGUUGUUUUUUUUUGCCAUUUUCUGUUUAAUUCUUAUUGCAUCGUUUUGUAUUCAAUUAAAAAAAACGAAAUAAAUAACAAUUGUUCCGUUUCAUAUUUCUUUUCCGUUUCGUUUCGCUUGAUGUUCUUUAAACUAUGAAUAUCUUAAUCACUGUCUUUAAUUGCCAUGGGCGUUAUUGGAUUUUGUAUACACUAUGCCAUAGCACUGGUAAUAUUGAAUAAAGAAAUCACACCAACUGUCGGUAUGUUGUAUCCACGCGAAUCGGAAACCCGAGAAGUACGCUCUUUAGAUGGCAUUUGGAAUUUUGUCAAAUCGGAUGUAACGAAUCCCACACAGGGUAUCAGAGAUAAAUGGUAUACAGACGAUUUGAGUCGUGUACAAGAAACAAUACCCAUGCCGGUACCUGCCAGUUACAAUGAUAUCACAACCGAAAGUGCGUUGCGAGAUCAUGUGGGAACCGUAUGGUAUGAUCGAAAAUUCUUUGUGCCAAAGUCUUGGUCCAAUCAGCAAAGAGUUUGGCUGCGAUUUGGUAGUGUUCACUACGAAGCUUUUGUGUAUGUCAAUGGUGAAAUGGUGGUGAGACAUGAAAUGGGUCAUUUACCUUUUGAAGCCGAAAUAACAAAUAAAUUAAAAUAUGGCGAAGAGAAUCGCAUAACAGUUAUGUGUGAUAAUGCCUUAAUACAAACCACUGUGCCUCAGGGUAAAAUUACAGAGAUAUCAAGAGAUGAUGGUGUUGCCAUAAUACAACAAUAUUCAUUUGAUUUUUUCAAUUAUGCCGGUAUACACCGUUCUGUGCAUUUAUAUACCACACCCUUAACAUUUAUCGAAGAGAUUGAAGUUACCACCGACUUAACAAAAGAUAAUACAGUUGGCUUUGUCUACUAUAAGGUGAAUACAAAUGGUGUGUCAGCUAAUGAAGCCGCCAGCAAUUUAUAUGUUCGUGUGCAAUUACGCAAUAAGGAGGGAGUUAUUGUGGCGAAUGAAACCUCUAAUUCAGACUUGAAAGGUGUCUUAGAACUACAAAAAGUUAUGCCCUGGUGGCCAUAUUUAAUGCAUCCCGAACCGGGUUAUCUAUAUCAAAUGGAAGUAUUUUUACAUGGCACCGACAAUGUUCUACUCGAUGUUUAUCGUUUGCGUGUGGGUGUUAGAACUUUGAGUUGGAAUAAUACCACCUUUAUGAUUAAUAAUCGUCCGGUUUAUUUCCGUGGUUUUGGUAGACAUGAAGAUUCGGAUAUACGUGGCAAGGGUUUGGAUUUAGCCUUAAUGACUCGUGAUUUCAAUUUGCUGAAAUGGAUUGGCGCCAAUGCAUAUCGUACAUCUCAUUAUCCCUACUCGGAGGAGUCUAUGCAAUUUGCCGAUGAAAAUGGCAUAAUGAUUAUUGACGAAUGUCCUAGUGUUGAUACAGAAAAUUUCAAACAAGAAUUAUUAGAUAAGCACAAAUCAGCCAUGGAACAAUUAAUACACAGAGAUCGUAAUCAUCCUAGUGUAGUGAUGUGGUCCAUAGCCAAUGAACCUCGUACAAAUCAAUUAAAUGCCGGUUCAUAUUUUCAAUACGUGGCAAACUAUACCCGUGAAUUAGAUCCUACUAGACCGGUGACAGCUGCCAUAGCUGUACCCUCACAAGAUGAUAAGGCUGCCAAAUAUUUAGAUAUAAUUAGUUUUAAUCGUUACAAUGGUUGGUAUAGUAAUCCUGGACGUUUGGAUAUGAUAACGAAACGUGUUAUUGAUGAGGCUACAACAUGGAAUAAACGUCAUAAUAAACCGGUUAUUAUGUCGGAAUAUGGUUCGGAUACUGUGGAGGGUUUGCAUAUAUUACCAUCCUAUGUUUGGUCCGAGGAUUAUCAAUCUCAAUUAUUCUCUCAACACUUUAAAGCUUUCGAUACUUUACGAAAGAAAACAUGGUUUAUUGGUGAAUUUGUAUGGAAUUUUGCUGAUUUUAAAACAGCUCAAACUGUUACCCGUGUGGGCGGUAAUAAAAAAGGUGUCUUCACCCGCAACCGCCAGCCAAAAGCUGUUGCUCAUCUCUUGCGUAAACGCUACUUUGCCUUGGGUCGUGAAAUGGAUCAAUGCAAUUUCCCCGAAGAUCUCUUCACCUACAUAACAGAUGUCAGCUCUUCACGUAUGGGUAAACAUGAUGAAGCCGAUUUAUAAUAAAUUCUACAAAGUCAUUAUUAACAUUUUUCGUUGCUCUCUAACUCUCUUGAACUUUCCACUGCAUUUUGUAUGCUUUUUUUUACAGUUUAAGAUGUCAUAUUUUUUUAUGACAGUAUUUUUUAAUUUAUUUAUAAUUAAUGUAAGUAAAUGUAUAAUGUUUUUAUGUAUGUGUAUGUAUUUGUGUAUAUGUAUAGAAAAUAGUAAAAAUUUUAGUGAAUAAACUAUUUUUUAUAUUGAAUUGUACAAUUUAAAAAAAUAUUUGCGCUUUUUAUUAGAUUUACUAAGUUUAACAAAUGUUGAAAUAAAAAUUGAUUGG